CCGCGCACCUCGCCCGAAAUCAAUUCGUCUGGAUUUGUUUUAGUCUCCCGAUAUUCCACUUCGCCUUUUCCUCUCCAGGCUUUAUAAAACCAGCGGCUUAAACCCUCCCCACCUCUCCAUAUCAGCUUCCAGACACUUCUCCCGUCCCGUCCCCAGCCAACCUCCCAUCCCCGUCUCGCGUCGCAGCGGCAGUUCCACUCCCUCGCCAUGGGCAAGAUUAAGAUCGGAAUCAACGGUUUCGGAAGGAUCGGGAGGCUCGUCGCCAGGGUCGCCCUCCAGAGCGACGAUGUCGAGCUCGUCGCCGUCAACGACCCCUUUAUCACCACCGAGUACAUGACCUACAUGUUCAAGUACGACACCGUUCACGGCCACUGGAAGCACAGUGACAUCAAGCUCAAGGACGACAAGACGCUGCUCUUUGGCGAGAAGCCAGUUACCGUCUUCGGCGUCAGGAACCCUGAGGAGAUCCCGUGGGGUGAGGCUGGUGCCGAUUACGUUGUGGAGUCCACCGGUGUCUUCACUGACAAGGACAAGGCCGCUGCUCACUUGAAGGGUGGUGCCAAGAAGGUGGUCAUCUCUGCCCCAAGCAAAGAUGCCCCUAUGUUUGUGGUUGGUGUCAAUGAGGACAAGUACACCUCAGACGUUAACAUUGUCUCAAAUGCUAGCUGCACCACUAACUGCCUUGCUCCCCUAGCAAAGGUGUGUUUUGUUUCUUCACGUCGUCUUACCUUGACUACUUUUGGAAUUGUGGAUCAGUUUGUAAUAAUGUUUAUCAUCAUUCACCAGAUCAUUAAUGACAACUUCGGUAUUAUUGAGGGUUUGAUGACCACUGUUCAUGCCAUCACUGCCACACAGAAGACCGUUGAUGGUCCCUCGAGCAAGGACUGGAGAGGUGGCAGGGCCGCAAGCUUUAACAUCAUUCCCAGCAGCACUGGUGCUGCCAAGGCUGUUGGCAAGGUUCUUCCUGAGCUGAAUGGCAAGCUUACCGGUAUGUCUUUCCGGGUUCCCACUGUGGAUGUGUCAGUUGUUGAUCUCACUGUUAGAACCGAGAAGGCUGCAUCAUACGAUGACAUCAAGAAGGCUAUAAAGGCUGCAUCUGAGGGAAAACUCAAGGGGAUCAUGGGUUAUGUCGAGGAAGAUUUGGUCUCCACUGACUUUGUCGGUGACAGCAGGUCGAGCAUCUUUGAUGCCAAGGCUGGAAUUGCUCUGAACGACCAUUUCGUCAAGCUCGUCUCGUGGUACGACAACGAGUGGGGUUACAGCAACCGCGUUGUCGAUCUGAUCCGCCACAUGGCCAAGACUCAGUAGAGCGUUCUGAUUUCCUUUGGUCAGGUGUCCCUGCUUUGUCUAUGCGAAGAAUAAAUGUGGAUGGUGUCGCCAGACGACGCCUGGUUCAUGUUAGUUGGACAUGAGUUACCUUCUGUUUUCCGCAUCAACUAGUACUUCUGUAAUGGAGUUGCUAAUCAAGUACUCUUUUUUGGUUGUGGUUUGUGAAGAUUAUAUAAAUCGUUCAGUCCAGUACUUGUGUUUGCCUGAAUAAUCUUAUUUCUCUUCCUUUC